ACUAAUUGCAUUUUAAUAAAAAAGUCUGAUAGAACUUGCCAUGUAGCGAUUUUGAUAGAAAUGUAAUAAGAGUGAUUAGACAAAUGCUUUGCUUCAACUGCAAAGGGUUAAAAAAUACGGAAAAAAAUACUAAUUAUUCGAAAUAGGAAAUUAAAGAAGAACUAAUUGCAAGUAAUUUUUGCAGACAUCGAGGUCAACGCGCGAUCUCCACGGUUAAAACAAUAGAAAGUAAUUGAAAAUUUUUUAGAAUAGGAAAUCUAAGGUGUACCGAAACUUUUUUGACCGACUGUAUGGAAGAAGACAUGACCCGGUGCAAAUCGAUUGAUCAGCUCUAUGGAUUUUCUUUCGCCUUUCAAAAAAUAAAUGGAAAAAUCUUAGUUGUAGAUAAAGAUGUUUAAACCGAACAAUCUGAUUUCCAAAUAAAUUUAAUAUAAACAGAAUUAUAGUUAACGCAACAGGUUCAUAACGACGACAAAGCUAUCGGCACUAAAUUUUAAAUAACGACGAAUAAAAAUUAAAUUAACAACAAACAUCCACGUGCAAGGUACAUAUAACAAUUUUAUUGUACAGGAUGUUAAUUGGACUGGAAUAACUAUCCGCAAGCUGUUUGCUCAAUAUGAUACUUCAAGCUAUCAUUUUAAUCCUCACGGCACAAAUAUGCUACAGCAACCCCGAUGCAAAGAGGCUGUACGAUGAUUUGUUGUCGAAUUACAACCGGCUGAUCCGACCAGUCUCUAAUAACACUGACACGGUGGUCGUUAAACUAGGACUUCGUCUUUCUCAGUUAAUAGAUCUUAAUUUGAAGGAUCAAAUCCUCACAACGAACGUUUGGCUCGAGCACGAAUGGCAGGACCACAAGUUUCAGUGGGAUCCAGCUGAAUACGGCGGAGUCACUGAACUCUACGUACCCAGCGAGCACAUAUGGCUUCCGGACAUUGUCCUCUACAACAAGUACGCGAGAGGAAUCUUCAUCCAAUCGUCAAACUCCUCUCAUUGUAUUAUAAUUUUCAGUGCCGACGGAGAGUACGGGGUGACCACGAUGACGAAGGCUAUCUUGCACUAUACCGGCAAGGUCCUUUGGACACCCCCGGCGAUCUUCAAGUCUUCCUGCGAAAUAGACGUCCGCUACUUUCCAUUCGAUCAACAGACUUGCUUUAUGAAGUUCGGUUCGUGGACCUACGACGGUUUCCAGAUCGACUUGAAGCACAUUAACCAGAACAUGGGAGACAAAGUGGAAGUUGGCAUCGAUCUACGCGAGUACUACCCCAGUGUCGAAUGGGACAUCCUGGGUGUCCCAGCGGAACGUCACAAGAAAUACUAUCCCUGCUGCGUCGAGCCCUACCCGGACAUCUUCUUCAACAUCACGUUACGUAGAAAGACGUUAUUCUACACGGUGAACUUGAUAGUACCAUGCGUGAGCAUUUCCUAUUUAUCAGUACUGGCAUUCUACCUGCCAGCUGAUUCGGGCGAGAAAAUCGCUCUCUGUAUCAACAUUCUUCUAUCUCAGACGAUGUUUUUCCUCUUGAUAUCUGAGAUUAUACCAUCGACGUCAUUAGCGCUACCAUUGCUGGGCAAGUACCUGCUCUUCACGAUGAUUCUAGUCGGUCUGUCCGUAGUGAUAACCAUCAUCAUAUUGAAUGUCCAUUAUCGGAAACCGAGUACCCAUAAGAUGGCCCCGUGGGUCAGGAAGAUUUUUAUAAGAAGACUACCAAAAUUACUGUUGAUGAGGGUGCCCGAUGAUUUAUUGAACGAUCUCGCUGCUCAUAAGAUCCAUGGAAGAGGGAGGUCCAGCAAGAAGAGCAAAUUCAACGCUGCUGUUGCUGCUGCGGUGCAGUCUUCUUCCAUUGUGUCCUCUCCGGAUUCCGUUCGACAUCAGCGAGUCGGUGCUUGCAAUGGACUGCACACGACCAGCGCGCACAACAGAUUCCUGGGUGGGAUCGGUGGAUACAAUGGACUUCCUACGGUGAUGUCCGGUCUGGACGAAUCCUUGAGCGACGUAACACCGAAGAAGAAGUAUCCUUUCGAACUUGAGAAAGCUUUACACAACGUGAUGUUUAUUCAGCAUCAUAUACAACGUCAGGAUGAAUUCAACGCGGAGGAUCAAGACUGGGGUUUCGUUGCGAUGGUCCUGGAUCGUCUUUUCCUCUGGAUCUUCACGAUAGCCUCCAUGGUGGGUACAUUCACGAUCCUCUGCGAAGCUCCGGCACUUUACGACGACACGAAACCCAUCGACAUGGAGUAUUCUUCCGUGGCUCAACAACAAUUUCUUCCUCACGAUGACUUGUUAGAUACUCUUGUGUAGGAUCGUUCAGAAAGUGUAGAGAAACUGGGGUGUUGAUUUUCUGUUUUAUCAAACGUUGCUAUUAUUUCGUCGUGCUAACUGCAAGUUAGAAUCUUCUGUAUCGGUUCGAAUAAAUCAACACUUCCGGAUUCUUCUUCCCAUUUUAUCAGGAGAUUUUAUCAGGAGCGUUUCGUAUCUAAGAAUGUAUAUUUCAUCUGUACUCGUCAUCGUAUAUGCACGCGACGAACAAGUGCUCUUGAAUAACAAUAAACGUGUUAUCGUGCAGCUGACAAGAACAUAACAUCGCAAUAUUAAUUGGUAGAGAUUUUCUAACGUUGUUUACGUAGAACGUUUACGAAUAUGCUCGUCAACAUUUAAUCGUGAAUCACGAUGAUACGUUUUAUGACCGAGAUUAGUAUCUUCUCGAGGAACGACCGAGAACAUCGUUACUGUAGUAUACGUAAUUUUUCAACUAUUUAAACAUAAUCAAUCUUUUUCAUUACAGUCGAGACAUGUACUCGAAAUUGUUCGAUACCUUCUAUGCUUAUCAAAAUGAAAUAAACGAGUAAAAUGUA